AUGGCGUGCGAUGGUGCGCAAAUUGUGGUGUGGUUGGCUACUUUCAGCAAUGCUAAGCGCAAAAUGCGGCAAGGCCGUCCUGGCGUUUGCAAUCGAUCCGUGGCUCUGUUGAAUGCUGAAGCCGAAGCCAGCCCAGGCAUUCAUGCAUGCUUGUCAGAGUAUGAGCAGAGCAAUGGCUUAGAAGUGGGCACUGUUUGCCGGUCAAUUUGGCCUGCUGGGAAUGAAGUUGUCGCCCUGGCCCUCGUUGAGGCCUUUGCUGUGCAGCACUCUCUCUUGCCUUUGUGUGCAGAGAUGAAAAGUCAGUUUGAUUUCUGGAGCGUGCUAGCAGGAAGCACACUGGAAUCAUCGUUGCGUUAUUAUCGCAUUGUGAAGGUUCAGAUGCUGUCGCUUAAAAUGUCCUUGCAGGAAACAAAGACGGGCAAGAACACUUUUUUUUUCCAGCUGAACCCUGUUUGGGCGGCGCGCUUGUGGAACUGCCGAGUGAUUGGAGUAGGGCCACGUGAGCUCGCAAGUUGGAUGCGCUUUAGUGGUGGUAGAAUUCCCGAGCUUGUGUUGAGAUUGCCCAAGCCGGUUGUGUACUUGCUGGCAGAUCAGCAAUGGACUAGAGCUGCAGUGCCUGACGCUGUGGAAACAGUUGAUUUGGUAGCUUCAGGCUGGAACCGUCGACGUGUUGUUGAUGAUGCAGAGCCUGCGUUGCAGACGUUCAUGUCAUUGCAAAAUUCGUUUCAGGACUUGCCGGCUCACAUGCACAUAUACAAGUACAUCCAGGGGCAUGCUGUUCCAGAUGCUGGGCAAGCUGUUACAGAGAAUAUUCUUGGUAUUCUACAGACAGUGGGCGCAGGUAUUCUGCAGCCGAUGCAUGGGGAGGGGUCUCAGAAAACAGUCCUGGCAGACCUCCUGUCAGCAGCUCAGGCCUUGCAGAAGCAUGCGCUUGACAAACGGGUGUUCGUGCAUGAAGCGGGUUCAUUGCAAAAGUUUCGCAAGUACGCAGCAGUUAGGCUUGUGGAAUUCUUCUGGAUAAGUGGGUUCUUGCAGAAUGACAGGGACUUGAAGUCAGCUCUGCGGCACGCGUGCGGCAUCCUUCUUCCUCCUGGAGCCAAAGAAGAAACACUGCAGUUCAUUGAUGGGGUCUCCGAGAGUGGGUCGUACUUAAGGAUUCCGUCUGCAGCAACGUUGUCAAGAUGUCGUGCACGCCUUGACGUGUCUUGGAUGCUGCUCUUCAGGAAGUGGCUGACUUCCCACUUGCAACACCAGGGUGGGGCAGGAGUCUCAUUGUACGUGCAGACUGAUGCGACGUGGCAGGCCAAGCAGGAGUACCAAGUGACUGUGGUGAACGUCGUUCAGAAGAGUCACCUGCUGGAGAAUCACAAGGACCGAAGCAGUUCAACCAUUCAGUGA